CACAAUAGCAGAAGAGCGCAUGAGCGCAUUGCCCCCCCUGAAGCAGUCGCAUAUCAGUGGUACCAGGGGGAUCGAGGCGUCAAGGUGUAGCAGAGUUUUUCCAAUCGGUUUUCUCUGCUUGGGAGGUUGGGAGGAAAAAAAACACACACACACACACACACACACACACACACACACACACACACACACACACACACACACACACACACACACACACACACACACACACACACACACACACACACACACACACACACACACACACACACACACACACACACACACACACACACACACACACACAGGAGCAGCAGGGACAGGAGUCCAGGGGCUUGACGAACCCCCCUUCUGCAAGUCGGGUGGAAGCUUGGGAAUAUUUCCUAAGCGAAAACCUUCCACACACCCGUGUGGAUAACCACCUUUGGCUCUUCCUUCGGGGAGUGACCGGGCUUCUGGUUUCCAGACAGCUCAAGCAGAGGAUGCCUAGGAUGUGGUGGGGUUCCAACAGUGGGCUCUGUUGGUUCCCUAUAAAAAGCCACACAUCCGCAAGCAACUCCGUGCAAGCGACCUGGUACCGCUUCCAAAGUGCCUUAGCCCAAACACCUGGAGUGCCAACCGGCACAUCAGGAUCGAUGCCAGUAAGAUCCUGAUUAUGGCAUACUGGUAAACGCUAAAGACACCGGACUACGGAUUAUGGAUUGGAUGGCGACGAUGGGCUGACAUUCGGGCUAUUCUGCUCCCUGAGUAAAGUAGGGUGACACCAACUUGAAACGGCGAGUGGGCUAAUGGCACGUUUGCCUCCGUCCCGGUAAAACCUUGGCAGGCCUCCGGAUACGUUCAUCAUCUGUCCAUCACGUUGAUGGGUACUAGGCUCGGAUGGAACAUUCCCGACUUACGCUGAUCUGGCUCUGGACACUGACCCCAUGAAGGAACGUGUUCAACCCUCGCUUGGCCUCCCUGUUUCAUAGACAACCAAGAGAUCACGAAAGCGACUAGAUACAACGGAUGGUGAUAGCGGUGCGGAGGGGGGACCCAAUAGAAUGGAGACAUCAAACUAUACCGAAGUAGUUGGAGAGAACUCGGACGCGUUCAGAAGAAGUGGAGUGGUGCAGCGAUCACCAGUGACGCCGCUGGAAACAGCUGCAAGAACGAGUAGCAGCGCGAUACGGAGCGAGCCCCAAGGGAGCCAACGGGAGCUCGGGACUCCGAACCAACGAGUGUUCACACCGACCUCGAAGAGUAGUGUUGUACAGGAGUCGGGUCUGAGUGAGGUGAGGAAGAAGGUGAACGAACUGUACGAGUUUGUGAAGGACAAACACAACGUGCACCUGAAAAUCAAGCAGCUGGUGGUAAACAUCAAAUCUGCUGUUAUAGCCGCCGAACGCGAGCAAAAGGCGCUCAAGCUGAGAGUGGAAACAGCCGAGAAGUCUCUGAUGGAAGCAACGGAACGAGCAACGGUUGAAAGCAUGGAGACGCCGAAGAGCCACCGGAAUACUCGCUCAGAGAAAAGGGGCCGGGACACGCCAGGCGAGGAGGAAGUCCCGAAGAAACAGAGAAGCGAACAGGAGCGUGCCAGCAAUCGGAGUGAUGAUGGAUGGCGCACUGUCGAGAACCAGCAGGCGAAGAAGAAGAAGAAGCGAAAGGAGAAAGAAGAAAAGAAGAAGGAACAGAAGAAGAAAGAAAAGCACCGGCGCCCAAGGGAGAGGAAAAAGGGCGACGCAUUGAUCGUCGAGGCGAACGACAAGACGACGUACGCUGCUCUCCUUAGUAAAUUGAAGGAGGACCCGGAGUUGAAGGAGCUGGGCGAAAACGUGGUGAAGACCAGACGCACCCAAAAAGGAGAGAUGCUGUUCGAGCUCAAGAAAGAUCCGAUGAUUAAGAGCUCGGCGUUCAGGGAGCUUGUUGCCAAAUCCCUGGGCAGCGAGGCUAACGUGAGAGCCUUAUCACAGGAGACGGUGGUUGAAAUCAAGGAUCUGGACGAGGUCACUACCGAAGAAGAUCUGAAGCGCGCACUGACUGCGCAGUGCAACGUCGAAGGGCCGAUGGUGAUUCGGAUAAGGAAGUCGUAUGGAGGCACCCAGACGGCGACAAUCCGAUUGCCGGCGGAUGCUGCCAACAAGCUGGUGGUGAAUGACAAGGUCAAAGUUGGAUGGGCGGUGUGCUCGCUGCGACUGGCUCCCCGUUUCACCAAGCAAAUGGAGAGAUGUUACACGUGCACGGAGUUUGGUCACCACUCGAGGAACUGCAAGGAUCCGGACAGGUCCGAACGGUGCUGGAGAUGCGGUGGAAACGGACACGUUGCUCGGGACUGCACGAAGCAACCCAGGUGCAUGCUGUGCAAGCCGGAGGACGGCAAUGUUCAUCCGACUGGAGGCUUUAAGUGCCCGGCCUACAAAAAGGCGAGGACAGGCCAACAAUGAUGCAGAUAAUUCAAAUAAAUCUGAAUCAUUGCGACACCGCACAGCAACUGUUGUGGCAGUCGACAACAGAGUCAAAGUGUGAUGUUGCGAUUAUUGCGGAGCCGUAUCGGGUUCCCCUCGAGAACGGCAACUGGGUGGCCGAUAGAGCUAAGAUAGCGGCAAUUCAAGUCAUGGGUAGAUUCCCUAUCCAAGAAGUGAUCGAAUGCUCACAUGACGGUUUCGUAAUUGCUAAAAUCAACGGAAUCUUCGUGUGCAGUUGUUAUGCACCUCCAAGGUGGACGGACGAAGAGUACAACAGGAUGUUGGAUGCACUCACCGACGCGCUGGUUGGACGAAAGCCGGUUAUCAUCGGAGGUGACUUCAACGCCUGGGCCGUGGAGUGGGGUAGCAGACUUACCAAUUCAAGAGGAUACAGCUUACUGGAAGCCCUGGCGAAGCUGGACGUAAAGCUUUGUAAUGACGGUACGGUCAGCACAUUCCGCAGAGACGGACGUGAAUCAAUAAUCGAUGUCACGUUCUGCAGUCCUUCGCUUACGGAGGACAUGAACUGGAGAGUCAGCGAGAAGUACUCCCACAGCGAUCACCAAGCGAUAACUUACACCGUCGGCUGGCGAGCCUAUUCGGCAACGAGACGAACGAGGACCCGAGAGCGGAAGUGGAAGAUACAGGACUUCGACAAGGGUCUCUUCAUCGAGGCGCUUCGGACACACAGCGGUGCAAAUCUCGACGCAGAGGAGCUGACAGAAGCGGUAGCAACAGCCUGUGACGCAUCAAUGCCAAGGAAGUUGGAGCCCAGAUUCCGACGGCGCCCAGCUUACUGGUGGAAUGGAUCACUCAGUAUCCUACGUGCUACAUGUCUCAGAGCCAGAAGAAGUGUUCAGAGGGCAAGAACUGAUGUCGAGAGAGAAGAACGGAGACUCGUGUUUCGCGAAGCUCGCGUGGCUUUUAAACGGGAGAUUAGGCUGAGCAACGCCUAUCUAAUCGUGGUGGCAAAGUUGAAGGGCCCGGCGACCCCCGCUGAAAUGUGCCCGGAAAAGUUGAAGACGAUCGUGGAAGGCCUCUUUCCGCACCAUGAUCCAACGCUGUGGCCGCCUACGCCAUAUGAGGACGAAGAAGAUGAAUCCAGAGGUUCACGGAUCUCAAACGAAGAGCUAAUAAUAGUUGCGAAGGGUCUGAAGGUGAAGAAAGCUCCUGGCCCGGAUGGAAUACCCAAUGUAGUGCUGAAAACGGCGAUACAGGCGUUCCCUGACAUGUUCAGGAUAGUAUUGCAAAAAUGCUUUGAUGAAGGCUAUUUUCCAGAUAGAUGGAAGAUCCAGAAGUUGGUCUUACUGCCGAAACCGGGGAAACAGCCAGGGGACCCAGCAUCGUACAGACCCAUAUGUUUGUUGGAUACCCUCGGGAAGCUAUUGGAAAGGAUAAUCCUUAACAGGCUCACACAUUGCACGGAGAGCGAGAAUGGUCUAUCGAGGAAGCAAUUCGGGUUCCGAAAGGGUAUCUCAACGGUGGAUGCAAUCCGGACAGUCGUGCAUAGUGCAGAGAAGGAAGCCACGCAAAAGAGGAGAGGAAAUGGUAGUAACAAUCGACGUGAAAAACGCUUUCAAUAGUGCUAGCUGGGAGGCUAUCGCCGUAGCACUACACAGGAUGCGUGUUCCUAGUUACUAGUGCAGAAUACUGAAAAGUUACUUCCAGAACAGAGUGCUGGUGUACGAAACGGAGUUGGGCCAAAAAUCAACCACGAUUACGGCAGGGGUGCCACAAGGUUCCAUUCUAGGUCCUACGCUCUGGAACGCGAUGUACGAUGGAGUACUAACAUUGCAGCUGCCCAGUGGAGUUGAAAUCGUUGGAUUCGCGGACGAUGUCGUUCUUACGGUAACCGGCGAGACGCUAGAACAGGUCGAGAUGUUGACGGCGGAGGCGUUGGACACCGUUAAAGCGUGGAUGACGGGAGCUAAACUACUGUUGGCUCAUCAUAAAACGGAAGUAGUGCUAGUGAGCAACCGGAAAGCCGUUCAAUCAGUAAACAUCAACGUCGGAGAAUACGAAAUUGCGUCGAAGCGUGCGCUGAAGCACCUGGGGGUGAUGGUCGACGACCGUUUAAAUUUUAACGCACACGUCGAUUACGCCUGCGAAAGGGCGUCGAAGG